AUGAGUGGUGCUUCUGGCAAGACCUUAAGGAAAUACAAGAUUGUGUUUCUUGGAGAGCAAGGUGUGGGUAAGACGUCGUUAAUCACACGUUUUAUGUACGAUACUUUUGAUGACAAUUAUCAAGCAACGAUUGGUAUUGAUUUUCUCUCUAAGACGAUGUAUUUGGAUGACAAGACAAUAAGGUUACAACUAUGGGAUACUGCAGGACAGGAAAGAUUCAGAUCGUUGAUUCCUUCUUACAUCCGUGACUCUCAUGUCGCGAUAGUAGUUUAUGAUGUUACAAACAGAAAGUCGUUUGAAUAUAUCGACAAAUGGGUUGAGGAUGUGAAGAUGGAGCGCGGUGAAGAGAACGUAAUACUAGUUAUUGUUGGUAACAAAAGCGAUUUGGUUGAGGAAAGACAAGUGUCUACCGAAGAAGGUGAGAGAAAGACUGCGGUAUUAAACGCUAAGUUGUUCAUAGAGACAUCUACGAAGGCUGGGUUCAACGUGAAAACUUUAUUCAAGAAAGUAGCUAAACUACUUCCAGAGUUUCAAGGAGCUCAAUCAACUCCACUAGAUAAUGAUACCAACGAUAAGAAGCCUGGAGUCAUCAACAUUUCCGCACCAGAAGAACCGCAGCAAAAUAACAACUGCUGCUGA